UCAGACUGUUGUCGAGACCGGCCCCGUCGACACUGGCAGCAUCCCAACUCCACUUGAGGGGAUGGAUGGACACACAGACACACACACAGAGUAUCCGCGCAUCCGCCCAGCCAGCCAGGCCGCCAAGUACACACUUUGCGUCCGUGCCUACCUUGUCUUUGCGGUUCGGGUCAACGGUGCAGCCACGCCAGCGAGCGGGUGAUGCGGCGGGACAGCCAGGUGCAGCUGGGGCCCUGGCUGGUGCAGCUGGUGUGGCACUGCGGCGGGGAAGAAUGGCGGGCCGUGCUGCCCAGCCAAGAAUGGCGGGAAUGGACCGACGCCCUGCAUCAGUCGGGGGUCGUUGUUGACGUUCAGGUGGGCAGCAGGAUGACGGUGGACCGGCACACUGACACACACACCGAGGGACGAGUAAGAGGAGGAUCCUGUAUGUACUUGGAUAUGCACACAUGGCAUUCUUACAUGGCAUGGUGCCUGGGGUCGAGGUCACGGGCCUGACGAAUCGAGAUGGGAGAAGAAAGAUCGAUGAAUGGCUUCUUCUCCCCCGCCGUCAACCACACAACGUACCUGCUGGUUGUUGGGUCCAUCGUGGCCAUCGCCAUCCUCACGUCCAAACAGCCCAAGGACUUGCCCAAAGAGCCCGGCGAACAGUGCUUCCAUCGGUCCAACAAGCCGGUAGUAUGAACAAGCUAGACUUAUCUCCCUCUUG